AUGACUCCCUCUUCCGUCGCCAAAGAAGACCUUCUCUUCCUCCUCCCCUUCGACUUCCUCGUCGCUCGAAUCCCCUUCUUCACCUCUCCUUCUCCUUCCUCCCUCUCUGCUUUUCCUCGACGUUGUUCCUUUCCCUCACAUAGUAGAAGCUGCAGCCGGCCUGCCGCCUUUGCCUCACUUUCCCCCGGUUCCUCCGAGCUCCAUCGCCUCUGGAGCCAUUUCAACCGGUUCGUGCGUUUCCACAGCGAGCCCCGUGCCCCCAUCGGGUUUGCCUCUGCCAGCCUCUCGAACGAAGAGAUCCGUCUUGAGGAUGAGAGCCCUCUCAUUGCCGAGGACAACGGCGCCCCCAUUAACGGCGUGGCGGAGUAUGAGAGGCCCAAGAAGGUUUUGAUUUUGAUGAGUGAUACUGGUAGUGGGCAUCGCGCGUCGGCGGAGGCCAUCAGGGCUACCUUCAACCAGGAAUUCGGUGACGAGUACCAGGUCUUUGUGACUGACUUGUGGACGGAGCAUACGCCCUGGCCAUUUAAUCAAUUACCGAGAAGCUACAAUUUUUUGGUAAAGCAUGGUGCUUUGUGGAAAAUGACGUACUAUGGUACCGCACCUCUCUUGGUGCACCAACCACAUUUUGCGGCAACUUCAACGUUUAUUGCUCGUUUGGUGGAGAAUAAGGUAAACCUUUCCAUUAAAGGAUCCAGAAGAUUAUUUUUUACUUACUGGGGUACUCCUCAAUUUUCAUCAGUACAACAUGAAUGUAUUCCACAAGCUAUUCUGGGAAUGGAUGUUAUUUGUCAAGCAAAGUCUGGAAUGGGUAAAAUGGCGAUUUUUGUACUUUCUACUCUUCAGUAA